UAUUUUAGAAACAGAAGAAUAAGAUGUCAAAGUGUUCGGGAAGUAUGAAUAAGUUUAAGCGUCCAGUGAUGAAUUAGGAGGUGGAGUUUAGCUGGUCACUUUCGGACAAGCGGCAAAUUUGAUGCUGCGUUCAUCGACAUGAGACCUUCCUAAAUUUGGAUACUAUCUGUACUUAAAAUAUUGCUGAUUGAAGAAAGGUCUUACCAUCGAUAAGGACACCUUUUUCAAAAUUUACAUUAGAAUUUUUAUUUUUAUUUGAAUCGCCUAAAUGUCACUUGUUCAAGAAUAUAUCCUGAUGUCCUUCCUCGUAGCAUUAUGGGUUCUAGCAAGUCUUAUGAAUCCUGUUACAUCAGCGGCUGUGACAGAAAAAUUUCCUGAUAACUCCACAGCUGCUCCAAAAUCUGUCAAACAAAUCGAGAAAGAAAUUGAUGCAAUGGUCAGUUCGAUAACAAAAAUGGCUCUCCCAUAUUUCAUUAGGAAUUCCGAUUUGAAAUUAUCUGGAUCCUGUAUGUCGACUUUUAUCAAGAUUUUUGUCGAUCUGAGGAAAUUCAAGUUGCCAGCUAUAAAAUUGAUUGAUGCUAUGGCUAAACCACCAUUUGGAUUAAUGAAAGGAACAUUUUCUAUCAUGGGUGAUUAUGACGAGUGUUUGAGUGUUCGAGCAAAUAAGAAGGGAGAUACGGCUAUGGCAGACAAUGACGUAUCUUAUUAUGGGCAGUACUGCACCAUCGAGGCAGAUUUUCCUCCACAGUUACUCCGGGCAAUGACAGAUAUAUCUGAUGGAAAAGCUAAUAUAACAGAUUUCGGAAAACUAGGAACGAUUAUCAGUGAAUUUCCGGCAGCAAAUUUUGCAGCGAAUCUUUUUAGAUUUCGGAUUGGAAUAUGUUUUCCUUCAACUUGUUCUUCUGCAGAUCUGGAAGAAAUUUUAGGAUUAGUGCCAGUAGAUUUCGUGCCGUUGCGAGUUCAACGCUGUGACACCGGGAAAGGAAAAGCAAUUGAAACUGAUCAAAUAGUUGUUAUAGCUGUGUUUUUAUUCAUUGGUUUACUUGUACUGUCCGGAACUCUCAUGGAUGCUUGGUUACAUAUGAAACAUUCUUCCUUUAAGAGCAGUGAACAAGAUAAAUUUGUUCAGCUUCUUCUAGCAUUUUCCUUGUACAGCAAUACAAAGAAAUUAAUGAAAACGGAGAAAGCAAUUAGUUCAAAUAUCACAGCAAUCAAUGGAAUGUAUGCAACGGGAACGUUUUUAGUUGUUGUGUACCACACUUACUUUUUACCCUUUUUCAGUUUCUUUGCAAGUAAGCAUUGCAUGAUUUCAUAA